AUGAAUUCUCUGCCUGUAUGCAUUCCCUAGUUCAUUUCGGACUUUUGUGUUUUCGGUGUUCCUUUUAACCUCUCAAAUACACCUUCUUCCGGCAAUUCCCCGACCGGGUGGGGACUUCAUGUUCUUCGCCUCUUCUCUAAGCUUUGUAAGAAUUCUGUGCGGUAAUCUGGAUUGGGGUCUUGUGUAUGUGCAAGAGUUCAUAGCUCUCUGAUUUGUUAUUUGAGUUAUAUUUCCAAGAACCAUGUAGAUUCUGGUUUUUGUUUUCAUCUUCUUGGAUGAUUUCAAAUUGGGGUUUUGAGUUUCAAUUAGGGUUGUGAGAUUCAUUUUCUUGAAUUAUUUCAAUUGGGGGUCUGAGCUUCAUGGUGGGGUUCAAAUCCAACCAGAGGCAUGCCAAUAGGCUUUAAAAAUAUAGUCUGUCAGAGACUAUUAUGUAUCCCCACAAUUUCCAUCCACCUUUACAGGCUGAGGUGAAAGUGCCCAUGUGUGAUUUAAGAGAGCUGGAUGAGGCUUUGGGUUUGACUUGACUCAUGUACAUCAUGGCCUGAUUGUGUGCACCUGACCCAAUAAUAAGAACUGCCAGUUUUUUUUGGGUCUCAAAUUCUAGAUCCUUAUUUGAUUGAUCUUCUGGACUGUGUUCUGUGUAGAAUCUGAAGAGAUUAUACACAUUGUUUGGAAAUGCCCUCCCCGGAAAACCCAGGCUCUUCUUCCCGCCUUCCUUUUGGUUCUUUUCGCCGUGCAAUUUUCUCCAUCAGGCCUGAUCAGGUCCAUUCGCUAGAACCGGACCGGGAAUCUAGUAUUGACUCGGGGUCCACAACGUCUUUUCAAACAUUAGUAUCAGCCCGGUUUGCUGAUCUCUCUAUGGCCAAUGAUGAUGAAUUCCUUUCACUUUCAUGGAUUAUAAAGUUACUGGAUGCGUUUGGUGAUUGUCAGGAUGCGUUCCGUGCUACCCUUUCAAACAGCAAAGAGUUACUCUCCAAACCGCCUCAAGAUAAGAUUCUGUCUGACUUCUUCGACACGAGCAUUAAGGCGUUAGAUAUUUGCAACGCAGUCCGAGAUGGGAUCCAAAAGGUUAGGGUAUGGCAAAGGCAUUUGGAGAUUGUGGUUUCCGCACUGGAUCCCACCCAACAACAGAGAAUGAUUGGGGAGGGGCACUUCCGUCGUGCAAGAAAAGCCCUAACAGAUUUGACUCUCGCAAUGUUUGUAGUAGAUGAAAAGGAUACUGUGUCGGUCUUUUCAAACCGAAAUCGCUCUUUCGGGCAACCUAAUAGGACAAAAGACCAUCCACACCCUUCACCAAGGCACACAAGGUCUUUGUCUUGGAGUGUCUCGCCUUUGUGGUCCGCAUCCAAACAGCUCCAACUAAUCGUAAAUAAUUUGGUCCUCCCAAAUGCCACCUCUGAUAGUAAUGGUCUGGCAACGCUGAUAUUCACAAUGAACCAUGUUCUCCUGUGCGUCCUGUGGGUCAUUGUUGCUGCUAUCCCGUGCCAAGACCGCAGCGGGACCCAAAUCAAUGUCACUGUCCCUGUUCAAUUCUUGUGGGGCCGUUCGCUCCAGACUAUACAUUCCAGGAUAACAGAUGCGUCCAAGAAGCGAGACCGGAGAAACCUUAACGGGCUGCUGAAGGAAACAUGUCAAGUUGAAAAGGGAGCCCAUGAGCUGUUGGAAUUAAUUGAUUCUGGGGAGCGUAGAGACGAAGCCAUUAGAAGAGCAGAUGCGCUUUCUCAGCUUUGUAAAGCUUACCAGAUGGAACUGGGGCCUCUGGAACGCCAAUUGAGGGAUGUCUUUACGAAAAUCAGGAUGUGUCGUGCCCAGGGUCUCGAAAUUUUGGGCAAGGCGAGACAAUGAAUGACAAGCCUUUGUUUGUGGAAUAUAUAUACAUAUACAUAUAUAUAUAUACAUACAUACAUACAUAUAUAUAUAUAUAUAUAUA